AAUGUCCGUAGAAUGUCGGCUAUGAAGGUAGAGGUAAUGGGCACAUCGCAUCGAUUUGUUCGCUUGCUUUGAUUACUAUUUACCCGUACCAAAAGUAUCGGCUAGUAUAAUUCAAGAAACGUAAUGUAAGAUAAAAAUUAGCUGUACCUCGCACAUUUAUGGAGGGUAGAAGAACGCACAUUGUAGCGGUUUAGUUUGCGCUCGUCUGCGCCGACAAUUAGACUCCAAGAAUGACAGCUCCCUGGUGGGACUUCUAAUCAUAUUCAGAUAUUAGUGGAUUUGUAUGUACGUACUUGAUUAAGAGAUGGAGGAGUCUUCAAGACCUAACAUAACGUUUCAUCCGAUUAUUUCAUCUAUCCAAAAAAUUGCAUUGUACGAAACAAAAUCGCGUUUCUAUCUGAUCGGCUCCAAUAUAACGCAGUCGAGAUUUCGAGUAUUGAAAAUUGAUCGCAUGGAGCCAAGGGAGCUGAUAAUUGUUGAUGACAAGACCGAGUAUACAAAAGAAGAAAUAAAAGAUCUGGUUAAAAUGAUUGAUGUAGGUAAUCGCAGCAGGAUCGGACAGCGUAAUAACAAUGGUGCAGUGGCUCGCAUUGCAUCUGCAUUUGGAAUUAUUGUUACUAACGGAGAGCUGCAGAGACAAGAGCCGCAAUCGUCAAAGCACAAGCCAACCCAAACGCGAUUUUCCUGGAACUCAAUAUGGCAACGGGAUUCGUUCCCAAGGCUAGUACCAGCUUUUGCCCUUCUUGGAUUCGUACGUUUUCUGGAAGGCUACUAUAUCAUUCUGGUGACCAAAAGAAGAAGAGUAGCUGUAAUUGGUCAUCAUACGUUGUACAAAAAUGAAGAUACGGCUAUGAUUUACAUUCCAAAUGAUUCUGUUAGACUUUUUCAUCAUGACGAACAGAGAUAUGUCAAAAUGUUUCAGAGCAUUGAUCUAAGCAGUAACUUUUAUUUUAGUUACUCUUAUGAUUUAACACAGACUUUGCAGAUAAAUAUGGCGCCACCGAGGCAUAUCAAAUCAGACAUUCCAGAACUGAACAAUCAGACCAUAAAUGAAAACGACAAUGUGGAGGAUUCUGGAGAUUUUUUUAACAUGUGGGCUUUUAGGAAAACUUCACAAAGCACAGGACAUACUGCGCAAAAUAUCAAUUAUGGAGUACGUAGUAAUCCGAAUCGCCGAUUCGUUUGGAAUUCACAUUUGCUGCUUCCCGCCGAAAAAUAUUUGCACCCUGACUGGAUUUUGUACAUAACUCAUGGAUUUAUCGGGCAGUCAAAUAUCAGUAUUUUUGGAAAAUGUAUAUAUGUUACUCUGAUUGCUAGGAGAAGUACUAAGUAUGCGGGAACCAGGUUUCUAAAGAGGGGUGCAAAUUUUGAUGGUGACGUUGCCAAUGAAGUUGAGACAGAGCAGAUUGUGCAUGAUUCUGGAGUCAGUUCUUUUAGUAACGGACGCUUCAGCUCAUUUGUACAAAUGCGCGGAUCAGUUCCCGGUCAUUGGAGUCAAGACGUCAGCAAAAUGGUUCCAAAACCAACAAUUACUUGUGAUCUGACUGAUCCAUACUUCGAAACAGCAGGUGCGCAUUUUAAUCAAUUAUUGAAGAGAUAUGGAUCGCCAAUCAUAAUUUUAAAUCUUGUGAAGCAAAGAGAGAAAAAGAAACACGAAAGCACAUUGAGCAAAGAACUGGGCGUGGCUGUGAAAUACUUGAAUCAAUUUUUACCACCGGAUCACCAGAUAGUUUACAUUAGUUUUGAUAUGGCUAGAAUGAAUAAGGGAAAAAAAGCUAACGUGAUGGGUCGAUUAGCAAACAUUGCUCAUGGCGCGGUAUUAAAGACUGGUAUUUUUCAAUCACAAAAUCCAUAUUACAGCCAUCAAAAUAUAUUUUCAACAUCCAAUACUAACAAGAAACCUCAUAGAAACGACUCGAACUCAACUCUGCCGGGAAUGUCUCGAAUUGAUCCGAAAAUUGCAUUUCACAGUAAAGGUCUACCCAGAUUAAACUCCAUUGGUCAGUUACUACCAGACUCUGAUAACUAUUCAAAGACCUUAGCUCGUCCGGACAAGAUGGAAAGUGACUCUAUUGAAAGUAAAGUAAGACAAUGCUUUGCAAGAAAAGGAACAGUUCAGACUGGAAUUAUCAGAACCAACUGCGUAGAUUGUUUGGAUAGAACAAACACUGCUCAAUUUGCAAUCGGAAAAUAUGCUUUGGGUUUUCAAUUAUGUGCUCUUGGGGUGUUGGAAACUCCUAAGUUGGAAUUCGAUUCCGAUUGCGUAAGAUUACUAGAAGAACUUUAUGAGGACCAUGGUGAUACUUUGGCCUUACAGUAUGGUGGGUCGCAAUUAGUGCAUAGGAUAAAAACUUAUAGAAAAACCGCACCAUGGACAAGUCAGGGUAACGACAUAAUGCAAACAUUGAGUAGAUAUUUCAGCAAUACUUUUAGCGAUCAGGAGAAACAGCAUACGAUCAAUCUAUUUUUAGGCUUGUUUCACCCGGAAGAGGGCAGACUUCCGCUAUGGGAAUAUGUGACAGAUUACUAUCUUCAUCAUAAACCUGCAUGUAAAUAUCGUCGGAAAAACAAAGUCUUGACACAGUGGUGGGAAACUAAUGUCCUAAAAUGCUUGCCCUAUGCCCUGGCUGAAGUCACCAAAUCGUGUUCGGAAAUCAUUCAAGUACAGCAUACACAAGAGGAAAUGAUUGAUGUAUAUUAUGAUUAUCAUCGCCCUCAUGAGUUGUCGGUAUUGGACGACGUUUAUGCAUACAAGGUGAGUCACUCUGUCAGAGAUUUCAUGCCACAUUCGACGACAGACUUCAGUCCUUUUGCUGUGCGUGUGAGACCAGGUAGAAGAAGAGAAGGAGCUGGUAAUAAACAUGCUAACAUGAUGAAUCCUUCUAUGACUGGUCAAAGUAGUACCAGCAGUGCCGCAUCCAGCGCAAGUUCAAGUAUGGACUCUAGUUCGGACGAUGACGAGAGUCAUCUAAACAUCAAUGAUUCCCAAUUAACUGCGUCAAAAGAUAGUUCUGAAUUAGUUUCAUUCGAAUCUUUAUUUCCAUCGAUGCGCGAAGUGUAUGGCACACAGCCUGAGUUUCCAAACAGGAUGGACAUCCUUUUAUACAAACGAUAUGUACUGGUAGGGCGAAAUGCUAUCUGCACAACUGAUCACUCGAAAUUAAAAUCAAAGUUGGCCCAGCAAGCAUCUUUUCCUGAAAAUACAAGUGUCAAGAUUUCCUUGCCCAUUGUGAAAGGCUCUAGUAUAAGCAUUUAUGAACAAUACGUCAAGAGAGGCAAAAUUGGUGGUUCGGUGCCAAACCCUAACGACUUGAUCCUAUAUGAAAAUUACGUUCAAGAGCAAAUGCUAACUACGAGACGAUGCGGAACUUGCAAAAAUUGAUAGCCAUUGCAUAGGAGUUACCUGAUUUAGGCAGUUUAACUGUCAAGACUGUCAAGUGUUGGACUCAGAGAUAGAAUGUCAGUCUUGUUCACAUAUUAAAUGAAUUUCGAGUAAUUGAUACACCAACGUGAUAUUAUAAUGAGUAAUUGAGACUGCAAAAA